AUGACCGAGAAAACUUAUUUAACUUCUAGCAUAACAACGACGAUGACAACUAAUACUCUUCGCUCUAAUGGUGGCACGAUAGCAACAACAAUGCCAGCAAUCCCAAACAGCCGGGAGCCAAAAAACGAACAUUGUCUUAAUGAGCCUUGUCAUAAACUUUCAUUUAAUUAUUAUUCACUUCGGAUUCUUAUAUUGUUCUUGCUCGGGUCUCUUACCUCUUUUAUAAUUGAUCAUUUACUCACCGAAAAUCACAUCACACAAUACCCAAAGGACAUUGUUAAACUGGUGAACACCGCUGCUUGGAUACCACCUACUUGUGGUUUUUCAGCGGUGUUGGUGGGUUCAUUGUUUCCAUUGGUAGAUUAUUGGUUUCUAAAAAAACCACAGGAAUUUCAGCGUGAAUGGAGUAAUGUAAUGAGAUGUUUGGGCGGAUUUAUUGGUGUCGCAUAUGCCGCAACGAAAUUACCAUGGAAUAGUAAUUCGCAAGUUUCGCUGACAUUGGCAUUAAUAUCGGUGGUAUUAUGGUUUCUUUUCGAUCGCACGUUCCACGGAUUUGUGAUGUCGGUGCUAUUUUCGUCGAUAGGCACAGUUUUUAUGUACGUAUUUGUUUCAUAUGGAGUAUAUAGUUUCACCGAAGCAGACUUUUUUGGCGUAAGAUCUUGGAUCCCUUGUAUCUUAUACGCCUCUUGUGUAUGCUUCGGAACGGUCGGACGACAAUUAAUGAUUGUCCCUGAAGAAUGGUUCGAAGAACGUGAAC